AUGAAUCAAAACUUACUAACCAAUUCUGAUCCUAGCGCCGGUAAUAAUCUGGAUGAAGAAUUUGUGACAAAUGACAAAUUUUGGGCAGAUGACAAGGAUGACGAGAAUGACAAAUCCUGUGAUGAUGACAAUUAUUGGUGUCUUCCUAAUUUAUCUGAGCAUGAAAGAAAUGGAUUGUUUGACGCAUUUUCUAGAUCUAGAGAAUUUGGAAUAGAUGAACACAAUUCAUUACUAGAUGCGUUAGCUCAUCCUAAGGAAGGAUUAAACCUCUCAAAAUAUGAUGAAUUCAGAUUAUAUUAG